AUUGAUAGGUGGUACCUCCGUGGCUUCUACCUUGAGAUAAAUCCGGGCUAGAGAGACACAGGCACUGGCAGUGGCACUGAGGCAAGAGUAGGACGACAGCGGUGCCCGCCCUCGUCUGUCCGUGGUGUCUGUGGCAGACCAAAAAUAAGACUAUGGGGAACUACAAAUCCAGAUCUAGGUCAACAUGUUCUCAGGAGCUUCACAAGAAAAUCCUGCAGAAUUAUGAAAAUCUGGAGUACAAGAUCCAGGAAGACUUGAAUGUGGAACUUGAGAAUCUUACUGAGAUUCAACAAGUCUGCAGCAAUGGAACUGCAGAUCAACUGGCAAAACUUUUGAAUUCUGAGACUGUUGGUGAACGCUUAGACAAUGGCAUGACACUUCUUCACCUGUGUUGCCUAGCAGCUGUCAGUGUGAAGAGUGAUACAGUCAAAGAGUUGGACUACAAUGACACUGAGGGAAAGAGUAAUGUUUCUUAUAAUACAAGUGUCCUUCAACUUAUGAGAUCCCCAAGAGAAAAGGGUGAUCAUGAAGACAAGACCCAAGAACAUGUGAAUGAGCUGAGUAUAAAACAUACUAGAAGUAAAGAAGCAAGAGAAGCAAAAGAGCAGAUUCGUCUUCUUCUCAAGAAAGGAGCUGAUCCAGCCAUUAUCAGCAAAAAUGGCUUUUCACCACUUCACAUUGUAUCAUACAAGGGAGAUGUGGAGAUUGUUAGGCUUUUCUUGGAGAAUUGCAGCCACCUGGACCACACUGGUGCUGGGAGCCUGACUGCUCUACACCUGUCAUGCCUUAGUGGCCAGCUGGAAGUGACACAAGCCCUGGCACAGCGGGGAGCCAACAUUGAGGCACGAGAUGCUGUCUCAUAUUCCCCCCUGCAUAUUGCCUGCCUCUAUGGGAAUGAGACUGUGGUGGAGUAUUUGCUGUCUCGGGGAGUUGAUGUGAACAUUUCGGGAUCUGUGGGUGACCGGCCCCUUCAUCUGGCAGCUGACCGUGGGGAUUACAAGGUGGUGCAACUGUUGCUCAGGAAGGGUGCCCGAGUAAGGUUGCAAGAUGAAGAAGGGAACACAGCCCUACACUGCUGUGUGAGAAAUGGCUACUUGAACAUUCUGAAUCUCCUCCUCCACCCCCAGUACCGCAAUGAUGCUCACAUUCCUAACGUUUAUCUCGACACACCACUGCACGUGGCUUGUUAUGAAGGGUGGUUUGAAUGCUCCAAGACCCUUCUGACCUAUGGAGGCUCAGGUCUCCUUCUAAAAGAGAACCUGUGGGGAGAGACACCCCUUCAUGCAGCCUGCACUGGAGGAUAUUGCAUUGACUUAGUGGAUUUCCUCUUGAGUCAGAAUUCCACUUCUGUUAACUAUCAGAGUCCUGAUGGGCACACACCGCUGCAUUCUGCUGCUUUCCACGGACACCUCAAGAUAGUCCAAUUGUUGCUCAGCCAUGGGGCAGAUAUCAAUCUUACUGCCCGAGACUGUUAUGUGCCGUUUGACAAAAAAUAUAGCCUAUGUAUACAUCACCAGCAGGAAGAGCAGACACCUCUGAUGUGGGCAUAUGACCGAGGGCACGACAGUAUAGCUAACAUUCUCAAACACUUCCGUCGGCCGGGCAUGUGUGAUGAGUACGCCAGAGGAGAGUAUCUGUCUCCCCUUGACACCUCCUAUUUCCCUAUCCCAUCGCCCAUUGGAAAACUGCGCACUAUGAUACAAGAAAAAAUUGAUGUACUUCAUUUGAGAACAUUGAUACCACCUCACCAACACCUCAGCCUGUCAGAGAUAGAAAAUUUGGAAAACAUAGAUUCAGGUUCUUUUGGUAAAGUCUACAAAGGAAGAUUCAAUGAUAAGAUUGUGGCUGUCAAGAGGUACCGUGCCAACAUGACCUAUGGGAAGAGUGAUGUGGAGAUGUUUUGUAGAGAAGUCUCAGUUCACGGGUCUCUGGACUCUCCCUUUAUUGUUAAGUUUGUUGGAGCAUGUUUACAAGAUCCCAGUCAAUUUGCAAUAGUGACGGAAUAUAUUCCCGGCGGCUCCCUCUUCAGCACCUUACAUGAGCAGAAAAGGUCCAUUGACACACUGACAAGGUUCAACAUUGCAACUGAUGUGGCGAGGGGCAUGCACUACCUGCACACCCUACCACAGCCCAUCAUACACAGGGAUCUCAACUCACACAACAUUCUCUUAAGCAAUGAUUGCCGUGCUCGUGUUGCUGAUUUUGGAGAAUCAAGGUUUGUGCGGAACAUCUUUGAGGAGAACAUGACAAAGCAGCCAGGCAACUUGAGAUGGAUGGCUCCUGAAGUCUUUACACAGUGCACCCAGUACUCAAUCAAGGCUGACGUCUUUUCCUUUGGGUUGUGUUUGUGGGAGCUGCUCGCCUCUGAACUACCUUUUGCACAUUUAAAGCCUGCUGCAGCAGCUGCUGAUAUGGCCUAUAAACAUAGUCGACCACCCCUAGACCUCUCUUUUCCCAUGGAGGUGUCUGUUCUCUUGGAGAAAGCAUGGCACAAAAUACCAGAGGAAAGGCCAGAUUUUGAGCAGAUUAUUGAGGAACUGGAAGCCUUAUGCAAGUCUCAGAUUGUAGCUAUGCAGGAUGGUUCUGGCCACAUGUCUCCCCACCUCCACCACCACCACCACCCACUUCAUGUGUGCUGCACCACAUGUUCCUGUGUCUCACCUACUGGCAGCACUACUCCAACAGACUCUUCUCAACACACCAGUUCUGAGCUCUCUGGUAGGACCCCAGCUACUCUACUACUACCUUCAUUCCGUUGGAAUGGUCAUGUAACAGCACUACGAACCAAAUGGGAACAAGAAGCUAGUCGUGGGCAGACUGCAUUUAAGUCGUCACAUCCAACCAUUGAAGAGUUGAGAAGUCGAAUGAACAACAAUGGCUAUGUAGAAGGAAACACUUACCAGUAUCGCAUUGCCCCAGUGUUUAGUAAACACCGUAAACAAACACUGCAGCAUUAUUAAAGUUAUGUGAAAUUUGAAAGUAUGAUUAAUUUCAAAUUAUGAACAAAAUCACUAUGUAUUGUGAUUUUUGUUGCCAUUCUGUUGGUAUAUAGUGAAUUAAUCUUAAAUUUUUGCUGACCUAAAAACAAAAAUACAAGAAAUUAAGUAGAAAUUUCUAAAGAUUAGAUUCCAGAAAUAUGUAAAUCAUAUGUACUUAGAAACAGCAAUAAAAUAACUAAACAGAAAAGGAAGCCCAUGUGGUGGCAGGGCAGUCAAGACUGACAGAAAUUCACUUCGACUUUGAUAAUUACCUUCGCUCAUCUGUUAUAUAUUUUAUCUCUUAAGUGUUCCAUCAAGGGUUCAGUACAGGACAUAUUCUUAUACUAUAAUUAUGUAUCAUCUAGCAUACAUUCAUAUAUUGCUCGCAUGGCUGCCUCCUAAUGAAUUUCUCACCGUAUUAGACAAAAAUUACCAAAAUGAAUUCCAUUGCUUAAUAUAUUGUACCUUCAUAUUUAAACAUUAAGGAAGCCCUGAGGUAGAUCAUAGUGCUAGUCAUUAGAGGUGUCAGAAGGAGAGGGUUCAGACAUAAAGAAAAGCAGAAAGGUAUUAAAGUUGGGUUCUUGAAUACACAUGAAUGUAACCAGCUUGAUGAAGGAUGUUAUUUAUGAAUGGAACAUAGAUAUCAGAUGAGAGGAGGGAAAAGUUUGCAUUCAAAAGAAUCAAAUGAGAAGGGGAGUGGAUGUGUGGCAGCAAGAAAGGGUGUAGCUUUUAUAUGAAAAUCAUGCUAUAGAAUG